AUGGUCAGGAGUAGUCUAAUCGUGCCGCUGGUCAUUGUGAUGGCAUGUCUUGCGAGGGGCGCGACGGUGGCGUACUACACCGUCGGAGGCGACGUGGGUUGGACAUCUCCGCCGAACAUAACUCCUGGGUUCUAUGAUGAUUGGGCUGCCGGCAAAAAGUUCAUGGGUGGUGACGUUUUGGAAUUCUAUUACAAGGGAACUCAGAACGUGGCCCUCGUAUCGAAAGAAGAAUACGACCGCUGCGAAAAGGUGUCAAAGGUGUUGGCCGAAGGCGGGGACGGUGGGGGCUACGGAUACCGGCUCCCCGCGAAUGCGAACGGCAUGUAUUACUUCAUCAGCACCAUCAAAUCUCAUUGCGAGGGCGGUCAGAGGCUCGCCAUCGACGUUGCCUCCAGUGUCCCGUUUAUGUCUUCUCUCAGCUCCGAUUCCUUGUCCGUGCUUGUCUCCGCUGUAUUGUCAGCUCUGUUCAUCCGUUGA